AUGAUUCUCAAGACGUCCCCGGCAUUCGCCAUCUGCUCGAGCAACAAUGUCCUAAACCUCUUUGCCGUCCCCGCACACCACACAUCCAUAACGUCACCACCCACGCGACGACCGUCCAACUCCUCCGACCACCCCGCCUCACGACACACAAGACUCGCGACCUCACGAUCAUACGCGACAGUGAAUCAACCCCCUCACAAUGGUUCCAAUACGUCAAAAAGCAGAGGCAAUUCAAGCAAAACCGGCAGUCCAUGGCCAACCUGCGCAAACCCCACCCCCUACGACAUCUUCGCCAUAGACAAAGCAGCACCCUACACAAAAGCCCGCUUCGCAGAGCUCGUAAAACAAUACCACCCAGACAGACACCACGCAACAGCCCUCGACUCCCUCCCGCCCCAAACCCGCCUCGAGCGCUACCGCCUCAUCGUCCUCGCAAACGAGAUCCUCAGCUCCCCAGAUAAACGCCGCGCCUACGACGCCUGGGGCCUGGGCUGGCACCUACCCGGCACCGGCGCCGAAGACACCCGCGACAUCAACGAAAUCUACCGCCGUGCCGAUAAAGCCUGGCGCCACGAGGCGGGCAACCCGGCCAUGAACGCCACGUGGGAGGACUGGGAGCGCUGGCACGACCGGCAGGCGAAUGGUGAGCGGCAGAAGCCAAUGUACAUGUCCAACGCGAGCUUUGCGGCGCUUGUGCUGGCUGCGCUGGCCGUCGGCACGGUGGCGCAGACGACGAGGAUGGAUAAUAGCACGGCGACAUUUCUGGAGAAGAAGAAUGCGCACGAGGCGAAUAUCAGCGAGGCGCUGAGGCGCCAGGGACAGGCUGUGGCUGGUAAGGGUCGGGAAGAGCGUAUCGAACGGUUUGUGAGGGAGCGGGAGAAUAUCAAUUUCGGAUUCAUGCCGAGCAAGCUAGACGUUCGGCCAGCGGCGCCAAGUCCGAAGUAA